AUGAUCCUUGAAAUGGCAAAGACAUCGGGAGCAAGUGAGACUACUAGAGCUACCGAGGAGGUAAGGCCAAUUCACAGUGAGUCUGUGAAGGACCAACCGGAAGUGUCCAAGCCACCGAGGAAGAAGAGAGGAAGGUCGAGGGACAUUGUGUCUAACAUGGAUGCCAGGCUAGCCAAGAUAGAGCUAACUGUGGCUGAGGGACAAGAUACGUUUGGGGAUUUAAAGCAACACAUCGAGGAGCUCGAGAAUGGGAGAGAAGAGCUUCAUGAGGGGAUGCAAGCCGCCUUGAAUGAAGGGAUGUCCAACUGUCAAGAACAAGCCAAGACCAUGGAGAAAACUCUCCUUGCCGAGGUUGCGACGUUGAGGGAGACGCUCGAUGGCAUGGUUGCUAGGUUAUUAGUAACCGAGGAAGAGCUUAUCCUCUAUAAAAAGGCAGCUAUCCAAGGAGGUGGAUGCAUGCCUAUGGUAGUCUCUACUCCGUCAAAGAUAGAUGUUCUGAAGCCUAAAGCUUAUCAAGGCUCAAGGAAUGCAAAGGAAAUUGAUAACUUCCUAUGGAGCUUGGAGCAAUACUUCAAGGCACUUGGCUUAGUAGAAGAAGCCAAGAAGGUUGACGUUGAUGCACUCUUCCUUGAAGAUACCGCAGUGCUGUAGUGGAGAAUGAGGAGUGGCGAUAUUGAAAAAGGGACAUGCAUAAUCAACUCGUAGGGAGAAUUCAAGAAAGAUCUGAAGAAACAGUUCUACCCCGAGAAUGCUACUAGAGAAGCAAGGGCCAAGUUGCAGCAACUCUCACAUACGGAAAGCAUCAAUGAAUUUGGGCAAGGUUAGAGUUGGAGAAUCGUGGUGUCUAAGAUCUCAACACUACCAUUGCCGUACCCCGAUAGAGAUCAGGAGGCAAGACAGGUACAAACCUGACCAUGAUAGGGACGACAAC